CUUGUCUUCUCUCUCUCUUUUUAGUGUUGCUCUCCCCAACUGGUUUCCAGUGACCUAGUGAGUGAGACAAGACGGAGUUAUUUGUGGGACCUGAGAGGAAUCAAGAAACCUCACUUCACUUCAGAGGAAUCAAGAAACCUCGGCAGCAGCCACCCUUCCAACUUGAGCAAUUACAAACUUACUGCCACGCUCAGACAAGUCAUGGAAAGCAAUGUAACUUCAGACGCAGAGCCCAGCGGGAGCAUGAUUGUACCAGAAGUAAAAGAAAGGCAAGGGGACAAAAAGGAGGAGCUGCAGGACAGAGGCCAGUGGACAAAUAAAGUCGAAUUUGUAUUGUCUGUGGCUGGGGAAAUCAUUGGUCUAGGCAAUGUGUGGAGAUUUCCUUAUCUCUGUUACAAGAAUGGAGGUGGUGCCUUCUUCAUCCCAUAUCUCAUCUUCCUCUUUAUCUGUGGAAUCCCCAUAUUCUUCUUGGAGACCGCCCUUGGGCAAUACACCAGUCAAGGUGGCAUCACUGCCUGGAGAAAGAUCUGCCCUAUCUUUGAAGGAAUUGGAUAUGCGUCGCAAGUCAUUGAAUCGUAUCUGAAUAUCUACUACAUUAUCAUUUUAUCCUGGGCUCUGUUUUAUCUAUUUAACUCAUUCACUGCUGUUCUGCCCUGGGCCAGCUGUGAUAAUACUUGGAACUCAGACAACUGUGUGAACAUCUCCAGUUGGAAGAAUGGGAUGGGAAAAGCCAAUACCACCUCUUCAGUCAUCGAGUUCUGGGAAAGGCGAACCCUGGGGAUUUCGGACGGUAUACAUAAUCUGGGCACCGUGCGGUGGGAACUGGCUCUCUGCCUUUUGCUGGCCUGGAUCGCCUGUUACUUCUGCAUCUGGAAAGGAGUCAAGUCCUCAGGCAAAGUAGUCUACUUCACUGCCACAUUUCCUUAUGUGAUGCUAAUUGUUCUUCUUGUUCGGGGAGUCACUCUGCCUGGUGCCAAAGAAGGGAUCAUGUUCUACUUGAUGCCAGACAUUUCUAGACUUGCAGAUCCCCAUGUUUGGCUGGAUGCGGGCACUCAGAUCUUCUUCUCUUAUGCCAUCUGCCAGGGAUGCUUGACAGCCUUGGGCAGCUACAACAAGUACAACAACAAUUGCUACCGGGAUUCUGUCAUGCUCUGCUUCCUGAACAGUGUCACUAGCUUUGUGGCCGGGUUUGCCAUUUUCUCCAUUUUGGGCUUCAUGGCACAAGAACAGGGUGUGCCCAUUUCAGAUGUGGCUGAAGGAGGUCCGGGUCUAGCUUUCAUCGCCUUCCCAACAGCUGUAAUACUGAUGCCGGUGUCUCCGCUCUGGGCCUGCUUAUUCUUCAUUAUGCUCAUCUUCUUGGGUCUGGACACUCAAUUCGUCUGUGUUGAGAGCCUGGUGACAGCCAUUGUUGACUUGUUCCCAGAAGUUUUCCGUAAGAAGGGGCGGAGGGAACUGCUGAUCCUGGGCAUUGCAGUAAUAUGCUACCUAAUUGGUUUGAUCAUGGUCACUGAGGGUGGGAUAUACAUCUUCCAGUUGUUUGAUUCUUUUGCAGCUAGUGGUGUUUGCCUUCUCUUCCUUGCUAUCUUUGAAGUCAUCUGUGUUGGAUGGGUUUAUGGAGCAGACCGCUUCUAUGACAAUAUUGAGGAUAUGAUUGGCUACAGGCCGUGGCCCCUGAUUAAACUGUGCUGGUUAUUUUUCACACCUGGAGUUUGUCUGGCAACCUUCUUGUUUAUAAUCAUUAAAUACUCACCACCCAGAUAUAACAAGUACACAUAUCCACCAUGGGGAAUCGCUAUAGGUUGGCUAAUGGCGUUGUCCUCCAUGAUUUGCGUCCCUCUCUAUGUUGUGUUCAUCUUGAUGAGAACCAAAGGGACAUUAAAACAGCGAUUGUGCCAGCUCAUUGCUCCAGCAGAGGAUCUGCCCCGGCCACAGAAGCACUUGGCUGGCUUGCCUGAACAGUGGGAGUGCUCCAAUCCAGAAUGCCAGCAGCCAGCCAAGGAGGUGCUCAUCACUACAGAGAAGGAAACCAACUUCUAGAGCUCACAAGUCAUGAUUUAUUUGUAUUCUGGAGAGUCCCUCCCCCUAAUUUCUGUAGACUUCUCUUUACACCUGGGAUGAGGUGCUCCUUUGGCUUUCCUUGCGAACCGGAGGCAGGUGCAUCCAAGAUAGAGACCUGGGAUGCCUUUUUCCUUCUCCAUUUACCUAGCAGAUGAUUAGACAGAUCACAGUUAUUUUCACACCAGCAGAACAGCCAUGUAUAAAAUUGUAGAGGGAGGGCUAUUGCUGCGUCUCUACCUCAGUGGCAUCCUUAGAGAUGCCAGGGACAAACCUGAAUCCUUCCACAUGCUGAGCUUGUGCUCUACCUCUGUGCCAUGCUCCCUCUAUUUGUUAGAAAUAAAUUAGCAGCAAGAUGAGCUCGUUGGGAAAGAUCGUGCUCACGCCAGCUGCCCCCACAAGUCUUCACUGGAACUUCCUUCCGUCCUCCAGUUCUUGGCAGAUUCAUAUCCCUUGAAAACCUGGAUCUUGGAAACAGUUUAAAUCAUGCAAAAGAAGCCAAAUCAGUCAAAUUUGUGUAAUAUAUUUGAACCUUAGGCUGUGUGCUUCUUUGGCUCAGAAUUUGGUGGAUUUUAAUUUUUUUACUCUUGAGUUUACACAAAUCUGCUGUGGGUGAGAUUUUCGAAGAAGUCGCAACAGCCCCCAUUUGGAGUCCAAAACCAGAGCUGAGCACUCAGCCUCUCUCAUUACACAAGGGCCUGGAGGAAAAGUAGGUGAUAAAUUGGAAGCAAGAUAAGUUUGUCAGAAAAAGAAUGUGUCAAAGCCACUUAAGAUCUUCCGUUCUUUGAGAAGAGACUGGCACAAAAAGGGAAUGCAGCGGGCUGACAGUAUUUCAGCUUGAAUAUACCAUGUUUGAUACAGCUCCAUGUGACGUCCUUGAGUGGUUGGGAAAUGAAAGAAAUGUGAAUUGAAGGCAACCGCCGUAAAAUUAAAUGCCAAAACUGUAUUACUGAAUGUUGGAGCCUUGUAGCAAAUACCAAAGUUGAAGCCUCACCAGAUGCUACGGUAGUAUUUGUGACAUAAAGGCCUGGAUAUGUUUUGUGACACAAAAGUAACUAAGUCAAGUGUUCUCAAACUUGGGUCCCCAGAUGUUAUUGGACUACAACUCCCAUCAUCCCCAACCACAAUGAUGAUGAUUAGUCAUACUUAUGUACGACUUUUCAACAAAAAGGACUCAAAGUGGUUUACAGAGCAAUAAUGUGUAAACAAAAAAAAAAGGUUCCUUGUAAGGGAGACACUAGCAACAGCCGCUGGAAGGACAUUGUGCUGGGGUGGGAUAAGGACAGUUGUCCACUUCCAGAUAAAUAUAAGAAAAUUACCACUUUGAAAGAUGCCUCUUAGCUUAGUUAGCAGGAGGUUAAGGCCAUUGUGGCUGGAGAUGAUGGGCAUUGUAGUCCAACAACAUCUAUUCACACAGUGCAUCAUUAACCUAUGGAAUUCUCUGCCACGGGAUGUGGUGAUGGCCACUAGCUUGGAUGGCAUUAAAAGGGGCUAGACAAAUUAAUCAUGGAAAACAGAUCUAUCAUUGGCUAAUAGUCUGAGGGCUAUAAGCCACCUCCGGCCUCGUAGGCAAGAUGCCUCUAAAUACCGGUUGCAGAGGAGCAACAGCAGGAGAGAGGGCAUGCCCUCACCUCUUGACUGUGGGCUUCGCAGAGGCAUCUGCUGGGCCACUGUGUAAAACAAGAUGCUGGACUGGAUAGGUCUUGGGCCUGAUCCAGCAGGGCUGUUCUUAUGAGGACCCAAGGUUGGGAACCCCUAAACCAGGCCUGCUCAACUUAGCCCCCUCCCAGCUGUAUUUGAACUACAACUCCCAUAAUCCCCAGUCACAGUAGCCAAUAGCCAGGGAUUAUGGGAAUUGUAGGCCAGCAUUUGCAGGAGGGCCAAAGUUGAGCAGCCCUGCCCUAAGCGGAUGGAAACAAAACCAAAUACUGUGUCCAGACACUUGGUUUUCCUUCUUUUAUUCCUUGUAUAAUUUCCCACUCAAAUUCAAGGUUGGUUCAGUAUCCCAAACACCAUUACAGGGAAGCCACUUAAGAAUAUCCCUGCUGGAUCAUUUAGUUUCACAACUUAUCCCACAGUAGCCAAUCAGAUACCUCUGAGAAGCAAAUGAGCGGAGUUCAAAGGCAAUGGCCAUGUGCAGUUAAUACAGCCACUGUAGCCUUACAGUUCAAUCCUAUGGAUGUUUACAGAGAAGUAAGUCCCACUCCGACCAAUGGCACUUACUUCCAAAUAAGGGUGUGUACCAUUGCAACAGUAGCCUCUUGCCUUCAGAUCUCUUGUAAAUUUUACUGCCGCUUUUUUUGGAAGAUGUGCUAUCUUAAUUUUUCUAAACAGAAAAUAUAUUACCAGGCUGCAGGCCUGCUGUUGCAGGUUUGGGGCUGGGGGAGAUAAAUACAGGGCAUUCAUAGAUGGUUUUUGUGUCUCUUUUUAAAAUCCCAUAUAAUAACCAGAGGAAUAAUUCCAGAGGAAUAAUCACAUGGGGCAAUCUCUUAUCCCCCCUCAACAGCCCCAUAGAUCAGACAUUCUCAAUCUGGGGUCCCCAGUGGUUGGACCACAAUUCCCAAAGGCCAUUGUAGCUGGGGAUUAUGGGAGUUGUAGUCGAACAACAUCUUGACACCCCAGGGUAAGAACUGCUGCCAUAGAUGCUGCUCAUAUUCCCCUCUGGUCUGCUAUGUGUCCUCUUUGCUCUGUUAGGCAGAAGGGAAAGGAGUGGAUGGGAUGGGGGCAGAGUGGGAUUGAGGAAGCCACAGCCCCAUUCUCUCUUGCAGCUGUGGGCUAAGAAAGAAACAAGAUUAGGCCUGUAAAUGGCUGAAGAUAUUGGAUUCCAACCCAACCCAACCCGGCAGUAGCACUGUCAGAAGGGACCAUGUUGGUCUUUCCCAACUGCCAGGUUAGGUUGUGUUGCAGAACUAUCAGAGCCCCACUGUGCUAUCCUCCCCUCCCCUCCCCUCCCCUCCCCACCUCCUUUCUUGGAACUGGAUGGGGGCGUGGAGCAGGCUGCCUCAUUUCUUCCACUGGAGAGAGUAUUCAACCAACUGGCUGUGUUGCUGACUGAAACUUGAUUUACAGAGGGAGUAUUCGCCGGACUGGUGUGUUUCUCAGACUAUGGGAAACACCUGUAUCGGGCAGCAGCGAUACAGGAAAGAUGCUGAAAGGCAUCAUCUCAUACUGCACGGGAGAGGACAAUGGUAAACCCCUCCUGUAUUCUACCAAAGACAACCACAGGGCUCUGUGGUCGCCAGGACUCAACACCGACUUGACGCCGGCACACUUUACUUUACAUUCAUUCAACCAGCUGGCUGCGUUGCUGACUGAAACUUGAUUGAAAAACUCUCUCUAACACACACCCCACUUUAGCUGUCCUUUUAGGUGCCUGUGGGCCCAUGUAAUCUCAGAAGCAGCUGGGCCUUUCAGAUACCUAGCAGGACAGCUUUCCUUCUGGGACCCUCAGUAGGACCCUCAGUGGGCUCCUAGAAGGGUCCUAGAAGUGUAUAUAUGUAUAUAUAUUUCAUACACCUUUGUACUUAAAACAGAUGAACAUAUACAUCUUAGAUGAACAUAUGUCCAUCUAAGAUAUAUAUUCGCCUUAGGGGAUGGAGCCGCUCUGGGAAGAGCAACUGCAUGCUGCAUGCAGAAGGUUCCAAGUUCCCUCCCUGGCAGCAUCUCCAAGAUAGGGCUGAGAGAGACUCCUGCCUGAAACCUUGGAGAAGCCGCUGCCAGUCUGGGUAGACAAUUCUGAGCUCGAUGGACCAAUGGUCUGACUCAGUAUAUGUUCCUAUAUAUUAGUUAACAUAUGUAUAUUUCUGGAGCCUUUGUACUUAAAAUAUACCCAAUAAACAUAUUUCUUUACAUAUGGA